AUAGCAAGGGGAAUCCCGGAAGGUGUUCGGAAGGAAUUCAUCGCCGUGUCUGCUUAUUGAUUUGGAACUCUGCGUGUUCAUAAUGAUCUGUCACAACAGAUGAUUGGAAUAAAAAAUGGAAAACGUGACGAUUUGUUUCUGAAGUCCCUGAUAGGGUAUAUUACAACACUGUUUUGAGGAGCUGUUGGGUAACACAAAUGUGAGGAACUGUUGAGACACAAACAUGGGUAUUCCUGGCCUCACCACUUUUAUUGACAACAAUCUCCAUUUGUUGGAAAGGUUUGAACUUCAUGACACAAAAUUGAUCAUUGAUGGAAACAAUCUGUACCACCUACUGUUCUACGAUCACCGAGUCGACUACAUACAUGGAGGGGAUUACGACAAAUUUGCCAACCACACUAGCCGAUUUUUUCUCAUGCUGAAAGAAUGUAACAUUCAGCCUUAUGUCAUCUUUGAUGGGGGAUAUGACAUCGACGAGAAAAAACUAAAAACGGCUUUAGAGAGAUCACGGCAGCGAUGUCAUCUGGCUGGGUUUAUUUCACAUGGAGGAAAGGGCAAGAUCAUGCCAAUCUUAGCCUACGAAGCGUUCCGUCGUACACUUUUGGACCUUGAGGUACCACACUGUGUUUGUGAUUUUGAAGCAGAUGAUCAAAUAGCUGUAUUAGCCAAUGAGUUGAAUGCACCUGUUCUGAGCUAUGACAGUGACUUUUACGUGUUUGAUUUAAAGGCUGGAUAUAUCCCUUUUGACGGUGUAAAUUUCAUUGCAGCAGAGUCUGAGGAUAAACACUAUAAAUAUUUGCCUUGUUGCAUUUACUUUGCAGGGAACCUUACAAAACACUUCCCUGAACUAGGGAAGUCUGUUCUGCCAUUUAUUGCCACCAUGUUAGGCAAUGACUUUGUGGAACAUUGGGUAUUUCAGGACUUCUUUCAAAAGUUGACUUUACCAAAGAAAGGUAACAACAAAUUUGACAUUCCAAUCGGUCAUACAAAGAUGAGGUCACUGUUCCAUUGGUUAGAAAGUGUGGAAACACUCGAAAGUGGAAUAGAAAAAGUUUUGUCUUGCUUCAAAGAGGAAAGGCGUGUGAAAGUUAAAGAAAUAAUGAAAAUGUCUCUCAAAGCAUAUUCAAACACUGAACAAUAUUCUAGAGUGAAUUUACGAUUGCUGCUUGAAGGAUCUUUGAAGGUAGUUGAAGAUCAGUGUCGUAAAUGUGAAUCUAUACUACCAGUCUGGUUUCGCUGCUCAUUUUGGAAGGGAGAGAUUGCACAGUUCUGUCAAAAUGUUGUGAUGCUACACAGUGUCAUUCUUGGCUGUCAGGUGGAAGACAUGAAAGCUCUGUCCAGCACAAACUGUUGUCUUGGCAUUCGAAAAGUGAUAUACGGCAUACUGACCUCUAGAAAUGAUCGAGGUCAAGGGAUAACAUUUGAUGCCUCCGUCAAAGAUUCUGCGAUUCCAGGUUGUGUUACAGAGUAUGCGAGAAAAAUAAAACAAAUCCAAAGGUUGAAAGUACAACCAACAUUUCAGCUACCAGCUUUUGAUGUAAUACCAGGCCUGGCAGAUAUUCCUGGUAUGGAGAGGAGUGAAAGGAGGUCUCUUCUCUUUGCUGCACUUGAGGUUUCUGGUUCAAAACAUUUGGAAUUUCCAGAAGAAAUGCAACUGACAGUGGCGUUGCUGAUUUAUUGGAUCCGAGAGUCUGAUCCUGGUGUAACUGUCAAUCAGGUUAGGGCUAUGAUCACAUGUAUCAUUGCCAUGGAAACAUGCAGGAUCCAGGAGCAGACAACUCUCUCACAACCCGGUUCAGAGACAAGUGAACUUGAACGAAUUAUCAAUAGAUCUUCAUCUGGACAAGUGGAAAAAUUUCUCCAAAAUUUGCGGAAGUAUUUCAACAAGUUGGAACACUCAAGGAAGCAUCCAGUUGAUGUGAAGGUCAUUCAUGGGUUCUCUCAGUUCCAGGCCUGUUUUCUAUACACAAUGAUAUUAAACCAAGUUCUCCAGCAGCCUUUCCAAAGCCCAAACCCUGCCUCAAUGUUCAAUGGUUCAUUUCUGUACAGUUUCACUAAAAGUCUGGACAGCAGACCUAACAUCGACCUGUACAUCCCAGAACUGUUUGUAAAGCACUCACCCAUGCUGGACUACUACAGCCGUUUGUACCAGGCAAUAACAGAUGAGGUGGGAGAGUCACAUCUUUAUUGUUCUUCUGUGAAGGCAGAAAAAAAGCAGAGAAGAGAUAGAAAGAAAACUGCACACAAAGCAGAUGAAUCGACUGAUGAUUUAGUUGUGAAUGAGGAUAGUGAUCCUAAAAUGGAAGUUGAGCUUGCCUGUAAUGUAUCAAACCGUUUUAGUGCCUUUGAUCUCGUAGAUAAUUAAAUAAUUCAUACUGUACUACCACUGUCUGUGUAAGGUGCUUCUGACAAUACUUAUGGUGUGAUUGUUUAAUAUUGCACAGACAAAUCUUUUUCUGUAGCUUUUUUUGUAAACAUGUAUUUCCAUUUGAAGAUAUAUAGAUUUUUUUUAUAAAUAAUCAAAAAGAAAAAAACGAAUGAAAUGUAGAUCAAAUAUUCUUUUGAUUUGAAAUGAUUCAACACUGUAAACAGAGAUAACUUUGUGCUGUUCCCACUUGAAGUAUUGAGAUCAAUGAAAGUAAAUUAAAUGAGUUAUCUCCCUUUAAAGUGUUAAAUUCCUGAUUCAGUCGAGCGUUUUUUGACAUUAAUUGUUCUAUAGCAACUUAAAAGUUCUACAUUUACACAGCUUAAAUUAGAUCAAAUCACCUCAAACAGAAGUGUGAUGUGAUCACAAAAAUAGGGUUCACACAGACAGUUGCUUGUUGUACGUCUAUUGUUGUAUUUGCUCAAUGGUACAUUGUAUUAAACAAUUUUGAUCGAUUUCGAAUCAUGCACUGCUUCCUCCUCUAAAUUUUGUUAUGAAUCUUGUGCAUACAUGCCAGAAAUCACGGCGUAAGGCAACAUCUCACGAAUUUCCACCUCCGAUAAAGUCUCACGACGUGGGACAUGAAUUUACGGAAAGUCCUCAAACCCUCACGUUUUUUAAUGAUCGAUCGGUGAACCAUUUUCCUGUUGUUGUUUACUCGAAGUCUUACGAUAUUCCACAAUGUUUCCAGCGAUAAAACUUCUAUUUACGAAUCCUUCAUGAAGGAUUCGUAAAUAAAAGUUUUAAAUAGGGAACAAUCCAGUGCAAAUCGAUUCAUUACCAUAAAUCUAAAUUUGAAAUACUUUUUAAAAAGAUUGUUUCUAUAGAUUUUAGCUUUUUGAUUUAUCGAUUUUAACUUUUUUAUGAUGUCUGCUUACCCCCCUUGAAUUUUGAGUUUUGAUUGACAAAAGUUAUUUUUAAAGGGACAAUUCUGUAGAGAGUCAAAAAGAAAUUCUUAACUUAUCCUGAAAAGUCUUAACAUAUCAUGGAAAUCUGAAUUAAUAAGCAAUGAAACUCAAUUGUUAAAAGGUUCUCUAUGCUAGGCUUCAAUAAAUAUCUUACACAAUUUUCUUUCAUAUUCAGUUUCUAUUAGCUGAUCAUAAGUCUAAUUCAAGUGUCUCACAAUUUUCUUUUAGCCAAUCGAAAUAUUGUAACCCAGUACAAGCAAAGGCAAGAUUGAAUGACUAUUCUGAUAACUGGUGAUAAAUGCUAAUAAUAGUUUAAGCAGGGUAAAUCUUGGAAUUUGAGAGCAGUGGGCCAUUUUCAGCAAUUUUUAGUCAAUGUCAAAAUUAAAAGGGGCCAUUCUAUGUGAAAUUAAAAGAAAAUUGGAAGAUGGAAAAGGUCAGUUUCAGUUAAGGUAAUAGGAUUGUGUCACCAUUUCUCAGUAGAAUUUCUU